UUUGUACCUGUUAGACAAUAUGCUCAUUAUUUCCCUCUUAUACUCUCCACCGCCCUAUCUAUAUCUGGAGAUAAGCCAACCCAGAUAUACAUGUCAUGAUUGCUUUUAAGUGACUUAAAUACAUUCAGUUUCAGGCAGUUCAAUUAUCUUGGUUAAUUUGUUACAACAAAAUAAGUUCAGUUGUUUAUACAUUUUUACACAAUUGGUACAAAAUACAUCGUAUUUUAGGAAUCGAUGUGUAUCGCUGUCGGGAUGUGGAUUCUUAGGAGUGUACAUAAUGGGAGCACUGGACUGUCUGAAACGACAUUCUCCAAGAUUCUUAGACAGUGCUACCAUAGCUGGAGCCUCAGCAGGUGCUUUGCUUGGAGCAUCUAUUGUUUGUGAUGUACCUCUUAAUGGUGUCAGAGAUGGAUUUCUCCGCACUGCGAUCGAGGCCAGGAAGUGGAAAAUGGGUGUCUUUACUCCCGGAUUUAAAUUUGAAAAUUAUUUGAGUGCAGGACUAGAUGCAUUACCACCAGAUGCUCAUAUCAAAGCAAGUGGAAGACUUUAUGUGUCGGUAACUCGGGUGCAUGACAUGACUAAUGUGAUAUUUUCUGAGUGGGAGUCGCGAGAAGAUCUCAUUCAGACUCUGCGUUGUUCCUGUUUCAUUUUGGGUUUCUCUGGACUGUACCCUCCCAUAUUACAUGGUGUAAAAUACAUGGAUGGUGGCUACACCAACAAGCAACCAGAAUUGGGUCCCAAUACUGUUACCGUUAGUCCGUACAGUGGAUGUGCAGAUAUAUCUCCUAAAGAAAAUGAAGGAUUGGGUCAGUUAAAGUGGGCAAACUAUGGUAUGAAUAUCUCAUAUGCUAAUGUACUACGUCUGUAUAGAACUCUGAUGCCACCACCUCCAUAUAUAUUAAAUCAUUAUUAUCAUUAUGGAUAUGAAGAUGCUUUUCAGUUUCUUAGGAUUAAUAGGAAGUGCAAACAGAGAUGAAUGCUAUAUGAUGACUUUGUAAGUUUGUUUUAAAUUCUUGAUUGUGGAUUGCAUGUAACAUUUGCUCAAGCAGUCAACAGUGUAUGUAUAUUUCCUCACUUUUUCCAUUGAUGGGGCGUUGUCAUGCAGCUUUAAAUGUGUUCAUUCAAUGCUUUGCAAACGGUUAAAUUUAAAAUCCGAAGUUUUAUUUUGUUUAGCUUCCAGAUCACUAUUCCUAUGUAAGAGUAAAUAAUGUUAAAAUGCAUGUACACAAGAAUAUUACAGUGUAUCUAUAUACAAUAUACAUGUACUGGUAUAUAUAUAAUAUAUAUCUAUAUAUAUGCAACAACAAUCAUGAAACACUGAUCUAAGUGUGCAGGAAUACAGUAUCACAUUGAAAAAUUUAAUUAAAACUAAUGUGUUAAAAUCAUUAAACUGGCUGCCUUCAGCAGUUAGACUAGCCUAACUGCUAAAGAAGGCCAGCUUAAUUCCUGAAAACAUUAGUUUUUCUUUCAUUUUUCAAUGUGGUUUUUCCUGCACACUCACAUCAGUGUUUCUUGAUUGUUGUUGCAUAUUGAAUUUAUUUAUUUAUUUAUAAUAAUUUGCUUUUGGUUUUUUACUGGCUCUAGCAUUAUUCAAAUAAUGUAGACAGUCAAAUGUUAUUUUUUUUUAUGGCAUACAGCAUUGUAAAUAACUAUUGACAAAUAGUUAAAGCACUGAAAGCAAAAAUAAAACAAAAAUCUCUUAAAUUUAAGGCUAUUGGUAUA